GUACUCCACAACUCUGCACAGAUCUAGCCCAAAUAGCAAAUGGUUAUUACGAAAUCAACACACUUUAUUUCAUAUUUUAAUUGCCAAUUUGAAUACGCUGAAAUCCAUCUGCAAAUUGGAUCUAAUUAAUGGUUUACCGAGAAAUGCAGAAGGUGCUAAGAGCCUACGGCGAGGUGCUGCGGCUGGUGCGCCGCCUGCCGGAGGAUAGCAGGCCUUACUACGCCAAAUUCGCCCGUGAAAACUUCGUCAAUUACCGAGAAGUCGACCCCAAAGACGCUGCCGCCGUCCAAGACCUCCUCCGCCGCACCUACAAUCAUUCUCUUUGGGUCCUCAGCAAGUAUGGUGUGGAUGAAUCUGUGGCGGGUAAGCUUAAAGGAAUCUGCUCUGCUUGAUCGGUUUUGCCUCUGCCCACCAACUGUUUGUUAAAAUAACUAAGCGGAGUUCUGUUUUGUUGCUUUCUAUGUUUUGGGCCUCGCUUACAAGUUGGGCUUUGUUUGGAAAACUUAUGGGCCUCCAAUAUGAAGAGGAAGUUAUUUGGUUUGAUAAAUUAGUAUCAGUGCGUUCAAUCUCGAUUAAUCUUGUGUCAAUUUAGUACUAUGAAGUAAUCAAACACGAAGUAGAAAAUAAUCAUCUGUCUUUGUUCGA